ACAUAUACAAGCUAAAUCAAUACAAAUCGAGUUAAACUUUACAAAUCAAUUUUAAAAGUUCCUAAGUUCGUUAAAAGAAGAAAUUACAUAAAAUAAAGCAGUUCCUAAAACACGCAACACCUGCCAGUAUGACAGCACUUGGAUUACUUUUGCUAUCUAUGAUGGGUUAUAGCCAACACAUGCAGCCUGUCGCAACGGUUGGUGGUGCGGGUGGUGCAGCAAGGAGCUCGCAGCUGUUGUCCCGCGCUGAUUGGGGCGCCCGCAUGCCGAAAGAGGUGAACUAUUUUGAGGGACCCGCACCGUACGUCAUCAUACAUCAUUCCUACAUACCCGCCGCAUGUGUGACUACGCCGGACUGCAUGCGCAGCAUGCGCGAAAUGCAGGACUUCCAUCAGGUGGAUCGCGGCUGGAACGACAUUGGCUAUAGCUUUGGCAUCGGCGGCGAUGGUCUGAUCUACACGGGACGUGGCUUCAAUGUGGUGGGCGCCCAUGCGCCCAAAUACAAUGACAAGAGUGUGGGCAUUGUGCUCAUUGGCGAUUGGAGAACUGAGCUGCCACCGGCUUCCAUGUUGCAGGCCGCACAGGAUUUGAUUGCUUUCGGUGUUGCCAAGGGCUACAUCGAUCCAUCCUAUAAGCUGCUCGGCCAUCGCCAAGUGCGAGACACCGAAUGCCCCGGUGGUCGACUCUUCCAGGAGAUCUCCACGUGGCCGCAUUUUACGCAGCUCAACACCACCGCCGAGGUGCAGCCGGUGGCUAACAAGAUUUAGGCCCACGCCCAGAAGCUACUUGAAAUCAACGAGAGUCUCCAGCCCGUGAAGGCAAAGAGACGCCUAUAUACAGUAUUUUUUAAGAAAUAGAAAGAGAAA